UUUCUGAAAUUGGCAUAGCAGACCCAAUAAGCAACACAUACAUUUUGUAUUAUUUAUUUAUUACUAAUAUUAUUAUUUGCAUUUGCACUACAUAUAUACUUACUCAUAUUCAUUCACACACACGUCCCACUCCAACCCAUUAUUCCUCCAAGUAAUUCUCCAACAACCACCAUGUCCACCAAGGACUGCGGCCACCACCACUCUUCGAGCCGCCGUCUCAUCCGCCUCGUCCUCGUCGGCGUCGCCGCCUUCAUCCUCCUAGUCCUCUUCCUUGUUUUCCUCAUAUGGGUCAUCCUCCGCCCGGCGAAGCCCCGCUUCACCCUCCAAGACGCCACUCUCUUCACCUUCAACCUCUCUUCCCCCAUCCCCAACACCCUCUCUCUCACCAUGCAGGUCACCCUCUCCGCACACAACCCCAACUCCCGCAUCGGCGUCUACUACCACGCACUCCACCUCCACGCCUCCUACCGUAGCCAGCAGAUCUCCCUCCCCACCGCCCUCCCCGACACCUACCAGGGCCACCACGACUUCACCGUCUGGUCGCCCUUCCUCUACGGUAACACCGUCCCCGUCGCGCCGUUUGUUCUAGCUUCCCUGCAGCAGGACCAGAAUGCCGGCACCGUUAUGGUCAACGUUAAGAUCAACGGGAGAGUGAAGUGGAAGGUCGGAACUUGGGUCUCUGGAAGGUACCACAUUUAUGUUAACUGUCCCGCGUAUAUUAGCUUCGCCGGAGAUCGGAGCAAUGCCGAAGGAGUGAAGUUCCACCUCUUGCAAAGUUGUAGCGUUGAUGUGUAGAAGAGGUUUUCAGGUUUUGCUCUGCUGCUUCAACCAUCUUUUCACCAGUGUUUUAUCUUCUUUUUUUCUCUUCUAUUUGUUUUAGUUUUGUAUUUAAAUUUUUUAGAAGUAAUUACUUGGAUAAAAGGUUAAUUAAGGUUUAUAUAUUAAAUAA